CAAACUCUGCUCAUCACCAGCCUCCUCUCAAAGCAAUGGCCUCUCAAAGAAGUGCUACCUUGUUAUUAGCCUCGCUAGCCUUUGUCAUUUGCACAUUGAUCGCACGUUGCUCCUCCAGCAAAGAAGCCAUGGAGUUGUUCGAGAGAGCGUGCCAUUGCUUCGAUGAUCCCAAUAUCUACGGGCACUGCGCGGAGGAGUUCAGGCUGAACGCGGAGGGCGCGUUCCACGUGCAGCGGACCGAGGUCGACGAGUAUUGCGGCGGGCCCUGCCUGGAGGAGACGAAGCUGGCGCUGCAGUGCGUGGAGGAGGUGGCCGCCGAGAACUUCCGGUUCUCCAACGGCGCGUCGGUGCUGGCGGUGAGGCAGGCGCUCGGCACGGGCUGCGGCUACGGCCCCGACAGAGGGACCUUCGAGAUCCGCGAGCGCAGAGACUGCAUCGGCGGCGGCGCAGGCGAGUACUACCACCGCAACCACGCGCAGGAGAAGCCGGUCGCCGGCGGCGGCAGGUACUACGGCGAGGGGGACGAGCAGCCGUACGAGCAGGGCGCCGGCUACGGCGAGGGCGAGGAGCACUGCUACGGGUACGGGGACGCGGGCAGGCUAGCGGAGCGCCGCGGCAUCCUGCUGCAGAUAAUGCCGGUGCUCGUCGCCUCUGCGGCGCUGCUCCUCAAACUCUGAUUUCGGCUUGCACGUACUGCCAGGGUGUUAGAUCCUGUUGUAUGAUGUUUGGUACUUCUUUUUUUGUUCGUUUCUAUACUUGUCAUUUUGCACAUCGGUACGAGCUGUAGCACACGUCUUUUACAGGGUUAUCUGAAUAUGAUACGAUAUAGUA